GGUUCCUCGCUGGAGCAGGGUGCCAUUUUGUCCGCUUCCAGCGGCGGUGGUUGGGGUGUCCUGCUGGCCGCUGGCUGGAACCUGUUGCUCCGUAGUUCCGUGUUGUGCAAUGGACGGUGUCCACCUCGAUAUAACAGUUGGUACUAAGAGAGGAUCUGACGAGCUUUUCCCCAGCGUCUCCAACGGCCCGUAUAUCAUGAGCACCACAGCCAAUGGCAACGACAGUAAGAAGUUCAAAGGUGACAUAAGAGGUCCCGGCUCGCCGUCCAGGGUCAUCCACAUCCGCAAACUCCCCAACGACAUCACGGAGGCCGAGGUGAUCAGCCUCGGGCUGCCCUUUGGAGACAUCACCAACCUGCUCAUGCUCAAAGCCAAGAACCAGGCCUUCUUAGAGAUGAAUUCUGAGGAAGCGGCUCAGAACAUGGUGGGUUAUUACUCCACAAUGAUGCCCAUCAUCAGACACCACCCGGUCUACGUCCAGUUCUCCAACCACAAAGAGCUGAAGACUGACAACUCGCCCAACCAGGAGAGGGCCCAGGCGGCUCUUCGGGCCCUCACCACGCCUCACAUGGACACGGCGGUGGUGGCUCCGAGCUCGGUGCUGAGGGUGGUGGUGGAGAACCUGGUUUACCCCGUCACCCUGGACGCCCUCUGCCAGAUCUUCUCAAAGUUCGGCACGGUGCUGAGGAUCAUCGUCUUCACUAAGAACAGUCAGUUUCAGGCUCUGCUGCAGUAUCCUGACGGAGUGUCCGCUCAUUCUGCUAAACUGUCUCUGGACGGACAGAACAUCUAUAACGGCUGCUGCACUCUGAGGAUCAGCUUCUCCAAACUCACCACGCUCAACGUCAAAUACAACAACGAGAAGAGCCGGGACUUCACCAGACCGGACCUGCCCUCUGGAGACAGCCAGCCCGCCAUGGAGCACCCGGCCAUGGCCACCGCCUUCACUCCAGGUAUCAUCUCAGCUUCUCCCUACGGCGGCGCUACUCACGCCUUCCCACCAGCCUUCGCACUCCAACCUGCAGUUUCCCUCCCCUAUCCAGGCCUGAGCAUCCCCUCCCUGCCCGGAGGCCUGGCCUCUCUGUCCUUCCCCGGAGCCACCAGGCUGGGGUUCCCCCCGCUUCCUGCUGGAGUCUGCGUCCUGCUGAUCAGCAACCUCAACCCCGAGAGAGUUACGCCCCACUGCCUCUUUAUUCUCUUCGGUGUUUAUGGAGAUGUGAUGAGGGUGAAGAUUCUGUUCAACAAGAAGGAGAACGCUCUGGUUCAGAUGUCGGACAGCACGCAGGCUCAGCUAGCCAUGAGCCAUCUGAGCGGCCAGCAACUUCACGGGAAGUCUCUGCGCAUCACGCUGUCUAAACACACGAGCGUGCAGCUGCCCCGUGAAGGCCACGAGGACCAGGGCCUGACCAAAGACUACAGCAACUCCCCCCUGCACCGCUUCAAGAAACCCGGCUCCAAGAACUACUCCAACAUCUUCCCUCCUUCAGCCACCUUACAUCUCUCCAACAUUCCCCCGUCUGUGGUUGAAGAAGACCUCAGGAUGCUGUUUUCCAGCUCAGGAGCUGAAGUGAAGGCCUUCAAGUUCUUCCAGAAGGACCACAAGAUGGCCCUGAUCCAGAUGGGUUCGGUGGAAGAGGCCAUCGAGUCCCUCAUCGAGUUCCACAACCACGACCUGGGAGAAAACCACCACUUGCGAGUCUCCUUCUCAAAGUCCUCCAUCUGAGCCUCUGGUGGGACUUGAUGGGGUCCACUACACUCCAGUCAUUCCAAGGCCCCGUCUGCAGAAACCCUAUGAAGUCUGGUGUGAUCUUAAAUUAUUAUUUUAAACUCAUUAAGGGUUUGUUGUCCUCAAAGAGAGGAGGGGGAGGGGUCAUUACGAGGAAGAAAGUCAGUGUUCUGAGUUUGUCAUGAUUUCUGGAAGAAUCCAGAGUUCUCCGACUGUCAUCGUGUUCUCGCCAUGAAGCCGUUACCUUUUUAGCCGCUCUUGCCUUUUGACUUUGAUCCCAGAGGUUUGGAGUUAAAGCCAGCCUUGUAGCUUUGUCACUCGGGAACUCCAGAUCUUCGCAAAAUCGUGAUUUCCCCUCGGAGUUCUGUCUUUCCUCUCUUGGUUCUUUGGUCCUGAUAUUCCUCGUUUAAUGUUUCCCUUUGGCGCCACGCUCCCGUCUUAAAUAUGGACUCCAAUAGAGGAGGUUUGUGAACUCCUGGAUCCAGCUCAGACUGGCAGAUCUGAGUCCGGACUCUGGUACUCCAGCCUUCAGAUAAUCCCUGUGCCUUAUUCCUCCCGUCUGACAUGUAGAAACAAAUCUCCCAUCAUGCCUCUGUAGACGGUUUACUGUCGGUCUGUAUGUCAGAUAUAUUCCUGUUUUCUGUGUUUUCUUGGUGUUGCUGUCGGUGUUUCGUACUGCUGUUACCGGGUUUCCUGGGUCUGUCUUUUAUUCCUUUUUAAUUCCUUUUAUUUCUACGUAUGCAAUCAUGUUUUAUUCAAAUCAAAUAUUGUAGCAAUAUUUUAAUCAUUCCUGGACUUUUGGUUUGUUGGAUUUUUGUGUGUGUGUGCGUGCUCGGUGGUUCUUCCCGCCGCUCGCCGCCUUUUUACAAUCUGUUUCUGUCGUGUUUCUGUUGGACUCGUGAACCCCGCUGUCGGCUCGUCUCGUCUGUCGCAUCCCUGAACGGUUUUUAUUUAUACGUUUGUGAUCCACUACAGCUGAAACCAAAAACGGCCUUUUAGAUGCAAACAAAGCGCCUGCCUCAGGUCUCAAACACGCCGAGACGGAGAGCUGCUCCAGGCUCGACCGCGCCGCUGGAUACAGACGGACGCCGCGACUCUGUGACUCAUUUGCAUAACCAGGUGUAAAGUGGCGUGCCUUCAGGUCGGCGUUCAUUCCUCUUCGCUCCGAGACAUUCGACGGAGGAGACGCUCCGUCAGGAACCAGAACCUCCUGGUUUGUUUGUUUUCUGUCUUAAAGUUAUUACGUCGACAUUCCAGCUGCUCUGACGUUCAACGAGGCGACCUCUCCCUGUCUGAACCCACUGGUUUACAAUCGUGAUGCAUUCAAGACACCUGGGAGAUUUUAAAACCUAACCUGACUAAAGGACGGCAACAGGCCGAGCUUCUUUUUUUAAUUUAAGACCAAACGGGUGUUAAAGUCCGGACUCUGUGAUCCCCCCCCACACACACACGUUUACAGUCUGAGACUUUCCUCUGACGGUGAAACUUUGUCAGAUUCUGAAUUAAUUAAGGCGGGAGAAUUCUCAGGAUGUCCUCUGCCAGCUGUUUCUCUUCCUGCUCGAUCACAGACAACAGACGCGGGGCGUUUAUUGUCCACCAUGAAAUCACUUCUUCAGAUACUCCUACCUGACAGUCUGACCUCCAGCUCCUGCUGAACACAUGACGUGAGCAGGUGACCUCUCCCGGAGGUCGUCUCCCAGUCGACCUCUCCCAGGUGUCCUCCCCCAGGUGUCCUCUCAUUAAUACUUCAGUUUAUUUUCAGACGUCUGUGUUUUGGUUUGUAGAUGAGUAAACCAUCAGAAGUCUGGUGUUUAAACAUGUUUUUUCCCGGGUGACUUGAAUGCAUCAUGGACAGGUGAGGCGGGAGUGGGACCAGUGAGUGAGCAGCGUGUGGGGGAGGGGUGAUGAAGUGUACAUAGGUGUUUUAUACCACAGUUGUGUGUCUGAGAGCUGAUUGGUGGGUUUUUUAAUCUGAUGACGUGUAUAUUUUGACUCGUGUGUGCGACUGUUCUGAGCCUUACACUGUUUGUGUCACAAAGAAAAAAAAAAAACAACAGAUUAAAUCACUUUUUAUCUAAAACUC